UUCUCUCGCUCGACUUCACUCACUCGUUUCUCUCGCUCGACUUCACUCCCUCUUGCGAAUGCCCUGCGACGGACGGAUACUAAGAGACCCUCGCGAUCAGUGACGACCAUGCCGAAAUACGUCAAGUAUACGAAGAUAACGCCCUUACCCUCCAACGUCCCCCGCCAACUCGCCAUCGAACUCCUCCACAACCACAGCGAAGUAAUCGAACUCAAUCCCCUCGUAACCGGCGUCAAAGCCAUCGACGCCCCGCGCACCGCCUCCUCGGAAGAAUACUUCUCGCAAUGGUACGAAAUCUCCGAGAUCAUCACCUGGGGUUUCGGCAUGAAGAAGAAAAUCACCUUCAAAGGCGUCUUUCACGAUCAACCGUGGGGUCUGCAGUCACACGUGUACGCGCCGAUGGGGGUGGAUUUGCGGAAUAAGUAUCGGAUUGGAGGGAAUCAGCCGGGGGAGCCGAGGGAGACGAAAGAGUUGGGGGUGGAGACGCCGUUGGAUGGAUUGUAUUUGAGAGAGGAUGUGGAGAUUGUGUGUAAUGUGGCGUUGGCGAGUUUCGUGAAAAAGGAGACGAAGGAGGCGACGGGGAAGAUGAUUGAGCGGUUGGCGAGGAAGGCGGAACUGUUGGAUGAGGGGAGGUUGCAUGCUAUGUUUGAGGAUGGGAAGUUGAAGACUGCGAAGCCGAGU